AUGGGGGGCACCCACGGGCACCGGCAGCUCCUGGCGGUACCAGGUCUCGCCCACCCACCUUCUGCAUCCAACCCCGCAUCCAACCCCGCAUCCAACACCGCAUCCAACCCUGCAUCCAGCACUGCAUCCCACACCGCAUCCAGCACCGCAUCCAGCACAUCCAACCCUGCAUCCAGCACCGCAUCCAACGCUGCAUCCAACCCUACACCCAGCACUGCAUCCAGCACCGCAUCCAGCACCGCAUCCAGCACCGCAUCCAACCCUGCAUCCAGCACUGCAUCCAGCACUGCAUCCAACCCCGCAUGCAGCACUGCAUCCAACCCUGCAUCCAACCCCACAUCCAACCCCACAUCCAACCCCACAUCCAGCCCCACAUCCAGCCCCACAUCCAACCCCACAUCCAACCCCACAUCCAACCACACAUCCAGCCCCACAUCCAGCCCCACAUCCAACCCCACACCCAGCCCCACAUCCAACCCCACAUCCAACCCCACAUCCAGCCCCACAUCCAACCCCACAUCCAACCCCACAUCCAACCACACAUCCAGCCCCACAUCCAGCCCCACAUCCAACCCCACAUCCAACCCCACAUCCAACCACACAUCCAGCCCCACAUCCAACCCCACAUCCAACCCCACAUCCAACCCCACAUCCAGCCCCACAUCCAACCCCACAUCCAACCCCACAUCCAGCCCCACAUCCAACCCCACAUCCAACCCCACAUCCAACCCCACAUCCAGCCCCACAUCCAGCCCCACAUCCAGCCCCACAUCCAGCCCCACAUCCAACCCCACAUCCAACCCCACAUCCAACCCCACAUCCAACCCCACAUCUAGCAUCGCAUCCAGACCCGCAUCCAGCCCAGCAUCCAAUCCCCUAUCCAACACCACGUCCAGCACCGCAUCCAGCAUCGCAUCCAGACCCGCAUCCAGCCCAGCAUCCAAUCCCCUAUCCAACACCACAUCCAAUCCCCUAUCCAACCCCACAUCCAGCAUCACAUCCAGCACUGCAUCCAGCACUGCAUCCAGCCCCACAUCCAAUCCCACAUCCAGCACCACAUCCAGCAAUGCAUCCAGACCCGCAUCCAGCCCAGCAUCCAAUCCCCUAUCCAACAGCACAUCCAGCACCGCAUCCAGCACCGCAUCCAGCCCAGCAUCCACCCCAUCCAACACCGCAUCCAGCACCGCAUCCAGCACUGCAUCCAGACCCGCAUCCAGCCCAAAUGGAGGUGCCAAUGGACUGGGAUAUCAGGGCCCAGCGCGGCACCGCCACCGGCAUCACACGCGAAAGCAAAACAGAAUGAGAGUAAUCAUGAUCAUCAUCAUCAUCAUCAUCAUCAUCAUGUUAAUAACGGGAUGCGGAGGAACGAGAGACGCGGUGGACACGUGGCAAAUGGGAGCAGGCGGGGAGGAGGAGAAGGGCUGCGGAAACCCGCGGCGAGAUGCCAGGGCACUGCAUGGGGGCUCUGGCAGCACCGGCCCCGCUCUCUGGUGCGUGCAAAGGGCGAGGGAGCGCGUCCCCGUGUCCUGCAGCGCGGUGCCGGCGGCCCCGGGACGGUGCCAGCGGUGA